AUGGCGAAUAAAGUUAAAGACAUGAUAAGCAAAACUUUAUCACAACCAAGUAGAAUGAUUAUAAUCGAAGAAGAAGAGAUUCUUCACGGCCCUUCCCCUAUUGAACAGCCUCAGGUAGCUGGGGUAGCUUCAGUUGAUGUAAAGAAGCUUAAAGAUGCUAGUCUAUGCACAGUUGAAGCUGUUGCAUACUCUCCUCCGAAAGGAUUACUUCUAAUCAAAGGAAUUAGUGAUGCUAAAGUUGAUAAGAUCCUCGAAGCAGCGACAAAAUUGGUUCCAUUGGGUUUUACUAGUGCUAGUCAGCUUCAUGCACAAAGGCAAGAGAUCAUUCAGGUAACAUCAGGAUCAAGAGAACUUGACAAGGUUUUAGAAGGAGGGAUCGAGACCGGUUCUAUUGCUGAAUUGUAUGGUGGAUUCCGCUCUGGAAAGACUCAGUUGUGUCACACCUUAUAUGUCACUUGUCAACUUCCACUGGAUCAAGGUGGUGGUGAAGGAAAAGAAAUGUGCAUUGUCGCCGAAAACGGUCAUAGUUCCAAGAGUAAUCUCAAAGUUGUUUGGUGGUUUGGAGAUAAUCAACUAGUAGCUUCAAGUGAUUAUCUGUAUCUUGCUUGUUAGAGAUUCCGGUGGUUAUAAAUCAUGUCAACUUCUAUGGUUUGCUAUACUGGUUUAUUUAGAUUAUUAGUUGCCUGGUGUGGUGCCAGAUCCGCGAAAAUGGUGGAGGCUCUUUAUAUAAACAAGGCCUCACUAUAACUUGAAUUUGCGAAGUAUUGCUAUCAAUUGGCAACUGGUGCCUAUUAAUCUAGCUGUUUUCUCAACAUCAAACAGUCGAGGAACCAUUGUUGAUUCUGGAACAACUUUGGCAUACCUAACUGAAGAAACGUUUGAUCCAUUUGUCGAUGCUGUAUUUGGGCUAAAGUCAAAAAGCAGAAGUCUAGUGAUACUGUAACAGCAGCUGAAUCAACCUAUGAUUUGUGGAGGAAAUUGUUUAAGCAAGCGGAGUCUCGUGAUACUUCUGGUGAUAUUUUAGUCUUUCUUUCCAUGUUUUCCAAUGCCUCUGUCAGUUGACACAAACUAGGUUACCCAUCCAUUUAUGAACAUCAACAUGGGUGGAAUAUUGUAUGUCAGUCACAAAAUUUUAGGUUCUCAACAAUACAGUUUACUUGUGUACAUUUGUAUGAAUUGAAGAAUCCUUUCUUUUAUAAUAAUAUCAUGUGGUGGUGAUUCUCAACAAUACGGUUUUUAUGGCCAUUGUAGUUAGUGUAUCACAAAUACAAUUUUG